UUGAUAACACUGUUGCAUUGUUGUUUUUAUAUAAACGUCAAAAUCUACAGUAGUAGUAGCUUGGCGUUCUGCUAAAGCUGAGCGAAAGUUGUAACCUAGUUAGUGAUCGUAUCGUAUCAAUUAAAAAAAGAAGGAGAACACCGAAGUUUGCAUAAUAUUUUGACAAGAAGAUCGUUCCAUUCAUAAACCAUGCCCUUUCAUCGUUAUACACAUGCGGUUCUCUGCCGUAUUCCUCUAUCGCUUCGAACGAGAGGCGAGGUCACGUUAGACGAGGCUAGAACACAGCAUUUGGCGCUGGCUCAACUUUUGCGAGAACUCGAUAUUGAUGUCGUUGAAAUGCCACCGGAUGAAAAUUCUCCGCUUUGCGUUUUCGUUGAAGAUAUUGCUGUCGUCUGCAACGGUAUCGCACUCAUAGCACGACCAAACGAAUCGUCUCGGAUGAAAGAGAUUGAGACAAUUAGAGCUGUUUUAAAGAAGGAAUUGGAGAUUCCACUUAUAGAAAUUGCUGAUAAAAAUGCUCAUCUAGAUGGGGGUGAUGUGUUAUUUACUGGUAGAGAAUUCUUUGUUGGACUAUCCCAUUAUACAAAUGAAGCAGGUGCAAGAGCUGUUGCAGCAGCAUUUCCAGAGUAUCCUUGUGUACCUAUCAAGGUUGCUGAAUCUAAACGUCUCAAAGCUUUAGUUACAAUGGCUGGUCCAGACAUUAUUUGUGUUGGUGCAGGAAAAGAAUCACAAGAAGUUUUAAAGAGAAUUGAAAGGGAGGCAACAUAUAGUUAUCAAACAUUUACUGUGCCUGAAGAUGUUGCCGCCAAUGUACUAUAUGUGAAUGGAACGUUAAUUCAUCGCUCAGAAGAUGAGAUUCCACAAUCAAGUAAAGUGUUUGCAGAAAAAAUUGAAUUUCCAACCAGAUCAUUGCAUAUGUCUGAAUUAGCAAAGGUCAGUUCUGGUUUAACGUCUUGUUGCUUACUGGUACGUAGACCCAGACAUAUUCGCAGUAUCUAAACCAAAAAAUAACAAUUUAAUUCAAAUCUAGCAAACGUGUUCAAUUGCUAGUGUCAAAUUUUAACACAAAUCAAGUUUAAAUAUUUCUAAUGAGAAAUAUUACCAAAAUGCUGUGCAAAAGAACUAUAAUAUUGACGUAACAAUUACGUCACUCUAAAACUAAUAAACAAAAAAUUUAUUUUAUAAUUAUUUUAUAAAAAGGUUAUCUUAAUAGAAAAAAGAGUUUAUAGUUAAAAAGAUUAAUAUAUUUGAUUUUAAUGUAUUUACAAUAGAGAAUAAUAUAUUGAAACAGUAAUAAUUUACCUAAUUUUUAGACUUAUAUACAGUCAUGAUUUUUAUCUU